CCAGCAGGGGGAGUGAGAUCAGUGGGUCCCAGCCGUGCAGUGCAGGCCUGUCUAUCCCAGUGCUGAGCCCGCUGUCUGCACGGGGAGCUCCGGGUUGUUUCUGGACAGUUAACAAUCAUAAACAUCACAUGAAGAAUAAGGCAAAGGUUAAAGGACAUUCUACAGCAGGUUUACAGAUCAGAGUCCUCAUGCAUCGUCUGCCUUUGCUGCGAAGCCUUCUCUCUUUACCGUCUCCUGUUACAGGAUCCUGCAGGAUGCAGAGUUUAGGAAGCCAACAGCCCCUCAAGAGACUGCAAGGGAAAGUGGCAUUGGUGACAGCCUCAACAGAAGGGAUUGGCCUGGCAGUAGUCCGGAAACUAGCUGAGGAUGGGGCCAGUGUGAUGUUGAGCAGUCGUAGACAGCAAAACGUGGAUAGAGCUGUCAAAGAGCUUCAGCAGCAAGGACUGGAUGUGGAGGGAACAGUGUGCCACGUGGGGAAAAAGGAGGAUAGGGAGAGGUUGGUAGAGACGGCGGUGCAGCGGUAUGGAGGGAUCGAUAUCCUGGUCUCAAAUGCUGCUGUGAAUCCUUUCGCAGGAAACAUACUGGACUCUACUGAGGAGGUGUGGGACAAGAUUCUGGAUGUAAAUGUUAAAGCUACAUUUUUGUUGGUGAAGCUUGUGGUACCAAAAAUGCAGGAAAGAGGGGGUGGAAGCAUUGUGAUUGUAUCGUCUCUGGCUGGAUACACCCCAUUCCCUAGCCUUGGUCCAUACAGUGUCAGCAAGACAGCAUUGCUUGGUCUCACGAAGGCCCUGGCACCAGAACUUCUACCUCUGAACAUUCGAGUGAACGGCCUGGCACCUGGACUCAUCCGUACCAAGUUCAGCUCAGCUCUUUGGAAGGAUGAAUCCAUGGCGCAAACGGUGAAGAGCGUGGUCGGCUUUAACAAAGAGCUGCAAGCAGAUUACGAGCCACGGAAAAGAGCUGAGCAGCUCAAACAAUGGAGGAUUGGAGAGCCAGAAGAAUGUGCUGGAGCAGUCUCUUUCCUCUGCUCUUCUGAUGCUUCAUAUAUCACCGGGGAAACCAUUGUGGUAGCAGGAGGGACACCCAGUCGGCUAUGAGCAAUUCUCAAUACGUUAUACUUUUUUUCUAAUUGUGAUCAUUUGCCUAAGAAAUAAAUUUCUGUAAUAACAUGCUUCUAAAUGUAUCAAAGCUUUAUUGCUACUGUUGGGAAUCCCAUUAUAAAUGUUACAUCAUUUUGCAUUAAAACCCUUACAUCAUAAUUA